UUAACAGAUCUCAGAUCGAUUAUCACCGCAUCUCUAAAAUCCAGUAAUUCAAGCGUGGAGAGAGUUGGUAAAGAAAGCAAGAAAGCGAGAAUUUGCAAGAACAAGCAAUGUAACGUCUAAAAGGUUUAAACUCGAGGAGGAUAAAGAGGAAGAGAAAGCACCGUCAACGAGGUUCCAGCCUACCAGGAAUUUGAGAAAGAGAAAGAAACCUGCUAUUAAAGAUGCCUCAAGUGUUACGUCAAAUGAAGAAUCAGAUGAAUCAUUUUCUGAGUCUGGAAAAUAAGCGCAAAAGAAAAAAUUCUGCACAAAUCAACGUUCUACUCGAGCACUUCUCAAACAAUCCAGAAUGGAGUCGUCCUGCGAUUCAGAAUGCCGCUAAUGAAGCUGGAUUAAGUUAUAGUCAGGCUUACAAGUGGGGUUGGGAUCGAAAGAAUAAAUCUGAUCUCUCUGAGAACUUUAAUAAGCCUUCUAAAGACGAGUUUGGAGGCUAUUCGAAACAUUACUUCACUAAUCAGGGAGACCCCAUUGCCCAGGUUAUCGGCAAAAAUUUAGAUGUGGAGGUUGAGAAGCUAUUCAAUAACCAGACGCCAAGCAGGGGAGAGGAGAAAUCAGUAAUGAUGGAGAAAACUCCAAAGAAUAAAAAGGAGAGAAAGUUAACAGAGAAAGUUAGAGGAGAAUACACAGAGAGCCCUCGUAUUUUACCAUCUAAACUUUGCCAACCAAUUUCUCUCUACCAAGACUGAGCAGCAGUAGUACGAAGAGAGACUCAGAUGCAAACACCCAAUCUCCUUGAACCCCAGGAAGAAGACCUCGUUACCCUGACAAAGCCCAUACGCGAUUCAGAAUGUGGCACUGUACAAGUAACUAAUAAUCUGUUCCUCGAUACAAGCGCCAAUUUUAGAGAUUCAAAGAUUAUAUCAGAAAGAAAGUUGGAUUCUUCAGAACAUUCAUUUUAAGAAAAAGAGCUCAUCAGAUGUCAAUUCGAGCAGGAUAAAGUGCAGCGAGGACUUAGAACUCAACAAAGAGAAUCCACCUCGUUCUCAGGUAGAUAUGAUUGAGAGCCCUAAAAAGGAAAUAUCUUCAUUUCAACAUCCAGUAAUGCUGAAGGAAAUAGAAAUUAUGAAGCCUUUCUGAAAUCUGAGGAAGAAUUUAUCUAGAACACCCGAGCAGAUUACCCCGCCUGAAGAAAGCUUACUCGGGCCAGAUUAUGAAGAGAUCAACUGAAGGCACACAAUAAAUUUGACUCUAAUAGAGUUUGAGAUUGUAAGCGAGCCUCCCUCUCAUCAUCUGAAGGCGAUAUGCAGGCCAUUCCAACUGGAAGAAAGAGGAGGUAGAAUCGAAGAGGAGAAAAAUCAGGAAGUUCUCUCAAAGGAGAGGUAUCCUUCCUUUCCAGACCUCCUAUCUAAUGAUUCUGAAAUAGAGAAGAAGCUUGACCUAGGAGAGGGCUUCGACAUCUAGAGACGGAUGCAACCGUAUAUUUAGCUAAUUAUCAAUAAUUGAUGCCAAUUGAA